AUGAAUAACGUUACUGCUGCUGCUGCUGCUGCCGGCGAUGCCGCCGCGGGCAUCGCCGGGAUUUCGUACUGGAAGCUGUUCGCUACGUUCACAGUGCUCGUGCUCGUAUGGGACCAGAUCUCGUACAUCCAGAAGAAGGGGUCCAUCGCGGGGCCCACGUUCAAGAUGUACCCGAUCAUCGGCCCCUUCCUGGAGUCCCUGGACCCGAAGUUCGAGGAGUACAAGGCCAAAUGGGACUCUGGGAAACUGUCCUGUGUCUCGAUCUUCCACAAGUUCGUCGUCAUCGCCUCCGACAGAGACCUCUCGCGGAAGAUCUUCCAGGCGUCGCAGUUCGUGAAGCCUUGUGUCGUCGACGUCGCCGUCAAGAUCCUGAGACCGCAGAAUUGGGUGUUCUUGGACGGGAAGGCGCACACGGACUACAGGAAGUCCCUCAACGGGCUGUUCACGAAGACCGCCUUGGCCCAGUACUUGCCCUCGCUAGAGAUCGUCAUGGACAAGUACAUGGAGAAGUUCGUCGAGUACUCCAAGGAGAACAACUACGAGCCCCGCGUGUUCUUCCACGAGAUGCGGGAGAUCCUCUGUGCCGUCUCCCUGCGUGCGUUCUGCGGGAACUACAUCACAGAGGACCAAACAAGGAAGAUCGCCGACGACUACUACCUUGUCACUGCCGCACUGGAACUAGUCAACUUCCCCAUCAUCUUGCCCUUCACAAAGACGUGGUACGGGAAGAAAACCGCGGACAUGGCAAUGAAGAUCUUCGAGAACUGUGCACAGCAGGCGAAGGACCACAUUGCGGCAGGCGGGGAGCCCGUUUGUGUCAUGGACGCCUGGUGCAAGUUGAUGCAGGACGCCAAGGACGACGACGACGAGGAGGCCCGCGUGCUGCACAGACAGUUCUCCAACAAGGAAAUCUCAGAGGCCAUCUUCACGAUGUUGUUCGCCUCGCAGGACGCGUCCUCCUCGCUGUGUUGCUGGUUGUUCCAAUUGAUGGCCGAUAGACCAGAUAUUUUGGCAAAGGUCAGAGAGGAGCAACUCGCCGUCAGAGGCGGCGACCCAACGAAGCGUGUCGACUUGGACAUGAUUGAGGAAAUGAAGUACACGUACAUGGUCAUCAAGGAGACGCUCCGUUACAGACCCCCGGUCAUCAUGGUCCCCUACGUCGUUAAGAAGAAGUUCCCAGUGACACCAAACUACACAGCGCCAAAGGGCGCCAUGCUCAUCCCAACACUGUACCCGGCACUCCACGACCCAGAGGUCUACGAAAACCCAGACGAGUUCAUCCCAGAGAGGUGGGUCGAGGGGUCCAAGGCCUCAGAGGCAAAGAAGAACUGGCUAGUGUUCGGCUGUGGACCACACGUCUGCCUCGGCAGAACAUACGUCAUGAUCACCUUCUGUGCUCUGCUCGGCAAGUUCGCCAUGUACACCAACUGGGAACACAAAGUCACCCCGCUCAGCGAGAAGAUCAAAGUGUUCGCUACCAUCUUCCCCAAGGACGACUUGCUCUUGAACUUCAAGAAAAGAGAUCCAAUCACGGGUGAAAUCCACGAGUAG